AUGGCCACCGAAACGCAAAUUCGACAUUUUGACCCCACAGAAGUCCACCGCUUUGCUCGUGAUGUGCUUGUUGGGAACGGAGUUGAAGCUGAACAAGCCGAAAUUGUUGCCAAAUGCCUUAUUGCGGCUGACCUUCGAGGUAUUGACACGCAUGGUGUGAAUCGAAUUCCUUCCUAUAUGGAGCGCAUACGGCAGGGAGUGCUGGAUGCCAAGGCAGUACCGACCAUUAUUCAGACAACCCCCGUGGUAGCACAGAUCGAUGGACACAACGGUUUCGGAUUCUUGGCAGCUUCGCUAGGUAUUGAACGUGGCAUACAGAUGGCGAAGGAAUUCGGCAUUGGUAUGGUGGCGGUCAAGCACUCGAAUCACUUCGGCAUGUCGGCAUGGAUCUGUCAAAGAGCGAUCGACCAUGAUAUGAUGUCCCUCGUCUUUACCAAUUCUUCGCCUGCUAUGCCAGUAUGGGGUGGAAGGUCGAAGUUAUUAGGAGUAUCUCCGCUGGCGUGUGGUGCUCCAGCGGGUGAGAGCAGGCCGUUUAUUCUAGACAUGGCUCCUAGCAUUGCAGCACGAGGGAAGAUAUACAAAGCAAAGAGGAGAGGUGAGAGGAUUCCCGCAGACUGGGCUCUGGAUGGUGAAGGCUUUCCGACAGAUGAUCCUGCCAAGGCGCUUGAAGGCGUUAUGCUUCCCAUGGGUGGUCCGAAGGGCUCAGCUCUUGCGAUAAUGAUGGAUGUCUUCUCUGGUGUACUGUCAGGAUCAGCAUUUGCUGGCAAUGUUACAGGCCCAUAUGAUCCUUCGAAAGCCGCAGAUGUGGGUCACUUCUUGGUAGUGAUUAAGCCAGACCUAUUCAUGUUAUUAGAAGAGUUCAAGGACAGGAUGGAUUAUCUUUACCAACGCGUUGUGGAUAGCGAAAGGCGGCCGGAUUUUGACCGUAUCUACUUCCCUGGAGAGAUUGAGCAGAUAACUGAGGAGAGGAGGAAGAAAGAAGGCAUUCCUUACGCAGCGGGAGAAGUAGAGACCUUGAAUAAAGAAGCAGAGAAGGUGGGUGUGACAUUGCUCACUGCACGAAGCUCCGAAUGA